UCCUGGCACGAAGGCUCUCAGGGUCCGCGGCGGCCGGCGACUCGAGCGGCGACUGUCGCGGUGCAGAGGUGCUCGCAGCUCGAGCCUCGAGCGAGCAGUUGUCACGGAGACGUAGUCGAGAGAGGUCGUGCCGCGCCGGCACCGCCGCGCCGCGCUAUGACGCGCGAGUACUCUCGAGUUCAGGAGUUCUACCUGCAGCUGCACGAGCUGCAGCCGCCCCUGCACUACCACCAUUUCGACUUGCAUGGGUCGGUUGCGGGCUCGUCGCCGGGCUACGAGCUGACGGCGGGCGCGGGCUCGGCGGGCGGCGAGGGCGCCGUGCCGCACGCGCCGCACGCGCCGCACGCGCUGCCGCACCCGCCCGCACACGUCGAGCCGCGGAAGAGGAAGGGACCGCCAUAUUGUGUCAGCUCGGAUGGGUAUGAGUUGUCGAGCUGCGAGGCGGGGCUGUCGGCGCCGCCCGCGCACCCCGCGCCGCCCGCGCACCCCGCGCCGCCCGCGCAUCCCGCGCACCCCGCGCACUCCGCGCACCCCGCCGGCCCGCUGCCGCAGCCCGCCAGCGCCACGCGCAAGAGGAAACCGUCUUCCUACUCUGGCACCACCUAUGAUGACGACGGCGGAGAAGACGCAAGGUCUACCCGCACUUUACCUGAUAAAAAGCAGAACCACAGCGAGAUCGAGAAGCGGCGGCGCGACAAGAUGAACACGUACAUCUCGGAGCUGAGCGCGAUGGUGCCGAUGUGCGGCGCGAUGGCGCGUAAGCUGGACAAGCUGACGGUGCUGCGCAUGGCCGUCCAGCACCUGCGCUCGGUGCGCGGCGCGCUGUCGGCCGGCCCGCUGGCCGCGCGCCCGCGCCCCGCCUUCCUCUCGGAGCGCGAGCUCAACGCGCUGCUGCUGCGCGCCGCGCAGGACUGCUUCCUCAUGGUCGUGGGCUGCGACCGCGGCCGCCUGCUCUACGUCUCCGCCAGCGUCACGCGCAUGCUGCACUACGACCAGUCGGAACUGCUCGGGCAGAGCCUGUUCGACAUCCUGAACCCGAAGGACGUGUCCAAGGUGAAGGAGCAGCUCUCGUCGUCCGAUCUCAGCCCGCGAGAGAGACUCAUCGACGCUAAGACGAUGUUGCCAGUGAAGGCGGACGUGGUGUCGGGCGCGUCGCGGCUGUGCCCGGGCGCGCGCCGCUCGUUCUGCUGCCGCAUCAAGUGCCGCCAGGAGCGCUCCGACGAGGUCAAGGAGGAGGACAAGGCGCGUAAGAAGACCAACGAGAGGAAGUACUGCGUCGUGCAGUGCACCGGGUACCUGAAGUCGUGGGCGCCGGCGGAGAUGUCGGAGUCGGGCGGCGCGGGCGGCGCGGGCGGCGCGGGCGGCGCGGGCGAGGCGGGCGGCGAGGAGGACGCGUGCACGCUGUCGUGCCUGGUGGCGGUGGGGCGCGCGCUGCCCGCGCCCGCGCCGCCCGCGCCGCCCGCGCCGCUGCCGCAGUUCGUCUCGCGGCACGCGCCCGACGGCAAGUUCCUCUUCGUCGACCAGCGGGUGACGCUGGCGCUGGGGUUCCUGCCGCAGGAGCUGCUGGGCACGAGCCUGUACGAGUACGUGUGGGCGGGCGAGCUGGGCGUGGUGGCGCGCACGCACAAGGCGGCGCUGCUGCGGCGCUCGCCCGCGCGCACCGGCCCCUACUGCUUCCGCCGCAAGGACGGCCUCUACGCGCGCCUCGACACGCACUUCAAGCCCUUCCGCAACCCCUGGACCAAGGAUGUAGAGAGCCUGGUGGCCAACAACACAGUGGUGGCAAUUACCGCCGAGCCGCCGACCGACACCGGGUUCGAUACCGAGGCCUACAAGAACUCUAUGCCUCAUACGGCCGUGUCUUCGCGCUCAGACGGCGACGAGGUCCUGACUGAGGCGGACGUGGAGAUGCAGCGUCUGAUCGACUCGCAGCUGGAGUCGCACAAGGUGGGCUCCACCAUCGCCGAGGAGGCGCUGCGCCGCUCCUCCGCCGACUUCUCGCCCGACCUGCCCGCCGACCUGCUGCAGGACGCGCUCUUCGGCCACCAGUCGAGCCUGGUGGAGAGCGUGCUGGGCGCGGAGACGGCGCCGGUGCGCAACAACGUGGCGCUGAGCGCGGCGGGCCCGCCGGCCGGCACGCCGCCGCCCGCUUCGCCCGCCUCGCCCGCUUCGCCGCCGCUGCCCAUCGACGGCAACGGCGAGGCGGCCAUGGCGGUCAUCAUGAGCCUGCUGGAGGCGGACGCCGGCCUCGGCGGCCCCGUCAACUUCUCCGGCCUGCCCUGGCCGCUCCCCUAGAUCCCGCCCGCUCACCGGCGCUCACCGUUUGGACUUGUGCUGUUCGUGAAAUUUUCUCCGCUAUCUUUCUGUUGCGAUCAGUAAUUUUUAAAUAUUUAUGUUUAAACAGAAUUAAAAAUCAUCGAAUUUCUAUGUUAUACAUCGGAUUCAAUAUUGGGAAAGUUAAACAUCUUUUAUAUACGAUUAUUACUUAUUUGUUGUAGCGUUGGGAGGGUGCUGUAUCGUUUCUAAUGUCUUACUGCCGUAUAGAGCUUUACCUAUUCUAGUUAUACUUUUAAAUUAUUUUUUGUGUACGAUUUAUCAUCGUAUCGUUUGAAUUAUCUAAAUGUGUUAUUCCUCGCCUCUCAUCGGUAACCAAUCGAAUACAGCACUAUUCCUGACUUACUAUUCUAUCAGUUUAAAUAUAGUUUAGUUCUAUAAUGUUCAAUACAAAUGAAGUAUGCAAGAUGUAUAACUCUCAGAAUGUAAAACAUCAACGUGAACAUUCAUGAUAAUAGUACAUCGCACGAGUAUUUACUUUAUUAGUAACUUGAAUUUAUAUGUAUAUAAUAUAUACAUAUAAAUUCAAAUUCCUUUAUCAACAUAUUUUCAUCACAAUUUUCUUCUUUUUAACUAAAUUUAACCUGCGGUAGACCAUUUAGUUUGGAAUGAAUCCAUUGUUUGAUAAUUUUCACUUAAUUUUUAGUAUACAUAAAAUUUUGUUUAUUGUGAUGACUUUGUUUGCGGCCUUAUACCUACAUGGGGCAACUUUCGCUCAAAGAGUCUGUCUCGUGAGAGCAUCACGCACAGUUCGUCUUUUAGAUUUGUAUGUGUUUGGUUCCUUGUCGUUUCGCCGAAAGUGGGAUUCAAAACUGAAUCUCGCUGUCACAGUAUAGUCGAGACAGCUUACAUUUCGAUAUGCUGUUUAAUAAUUUAGGCUCAUUUUAAAGUAGACAUUGAAUAGCAUCCAAUUGAAAACCAGUUCACUAACAGCUUACAAUAAUGUGUACAAUAUAUUUUAUUCUCUGAAUUGAGACGAUAUCCGGCUUAAGGUUCACGUCUUAUACGGGAACAAUUGAACGGUAAAUUUUAGUUUUUUUCUUAACACAGACGUAUCUCUCGAGACGUUUUGAGUUGUUGCUGAGAGUUUCAAGUCACAACCCAUGUAUAGGAAAUGUAUGUCUGGUUCGAAAUAAAUGGACGGCCAUCGACGAGUGGUACCACUUCAAGUGGUACCAACAGGUAGAUACCCGUUACAUUCAGUACAAAGAUUUAGUUGCGAGUUUGCGGACGAGUCUAUGCGGAGUUGAGCCCGCGCCGGUAAACACACCAACGUAGAGGAUAGACAGAGGAGCGCAGGAGUCGCUUUACCGGCGCGGCUCGUAGUUACUACACGUUAGGAUACGACUUUGAGCUGUGAUUUUAUUUAUAUUGCGUUUAGGUUGCAAUGGCGUUAGGGAUGUUUCUGAGGACUCUGCGAACGCAUAAUCUUCCAUUACUCAACCUUUAAUUAUUUUUAGAGUAAUGAUCAUUAGGUCAAUCGAAGUAGGACUCCUCAAAAUAACCUUAACCUAUAUUAUUAUAGUUUAAAUUUCCUUUAACUUUGUAUAAAUAUAGCGCAUGAUGUUUUGUUGGUAGCCAGCCGUAUACCGAACAGCCGUAAAGUACAUUCGUUAUAAACAUCACAAUAAGAUUUGCUGUUUUGAAUUUUGUUGUAUUUGUAAGUUGCUGUCGUCGGCUGGCUAUUGAACGAUGUCCUCUUCACACGCGCCCGAAACCCGACACCGUGCGUGUGUGUAGGCCCUAAUGCUAUGUAACUCUUCGGCCAUGUUUAUUUACCAGAUCUUUUCUUAUCAUGUUUAGUGCAAUUCAAUGGCCAUAUCUUAAUUUAUUGAUAAUAAUAUUAUUGUUAGUUAAUGUUAAAUUCUCAAUGUUGAACAGGGGACGUCCACAAUGAUUAUUUAUAGCUUGAUUAUUGUUUUGAUGAACUUUGCAUAAUUAUCUUUUGUGUUUGGAUUCCGUAUAACUUGAAAUCUUAUGUAUCUUAUGUAUAUUUAAAUUACGUGUAUCAAAGUAUGUCCGCUUGACGGCAACAAGAUAUCGCCCCGCGUAUUAUAUUAUUUUAUUUUAUUUCGUAUUUAAACCUGAAACAUUAGCUAUGAUCAUAAAUGUAAGACUCGAGGGCGUCCCGCAGCUGCGUGCUGUAACUUAAUAGUUAAUCUCUAGCUAUAAAGCAGUAUUUUUAAAUGAUUUCAAAACUGUUAAAUAUCACAAUAUGGAAUAUUUUGAUAUUAGCUAGGUGUUUAUAGUUAAGGUGCAAUUUGUUGUAUUGAAAUAUUAUUUCGCGACGAGAUGUCUCGUCGUUUGUAAAUAUUUAUUUAGAUUUUUAUUUUUGUUCUGUGCCCAUUGGCCGAUGUAACACUGGAGCUAUUGUUUCUUUUAGGAGAAUUAAAAAUAUUAAUUAAUAUUUAAAAUUAAAAUUAAUCUCUAUACUACGUGAUGUCGACCACAAUAUAGUAGUAAGAAAUUGUUAUUUUUCGUCAGAAGGUUAUCAAUGAUAGUUCCAGUGCGACUGGAAUGCUGUAUUGUUGUUUAUUCAAAUUAAAUAUGUUUUUC